AUCCACCUAGAACAUAACCUCAAAUAAUAAACACCUACGAAUUAUCGUUUUUCUGUAACGCCGAAAUGUUACUACCGUAAAAUUCAGCGAAUAUUUGAGUUCAUUACCGUUAUCAAUACUGUCUGUAAAAAAAAUUACACAGAUCGAUAAGGCAUGGCUUGCAAGAUAAAAGAUUUGACAAAAAUGAAAUUGCUCUAUAACUUGUCCCGCGGUAUCUCUACUUCUGAUACGAAAUUCGCAAAAUCCUACGCCGCGAGAGAGGGAAAAUUUUUUUCAAAAAUCAUGAAAGGAGAACGGACACCAAGAACAUGGAGUCAGGGUGGUAAUAACAAUUCCUCAAAUCCUCAGACCUUAUUGAAGCCACGCGUGCCGUACCAGAAUAAACGCAGAAAUGACGUUCUGAACAAGCUAUUCAUGAAGCAUAUAACAGACCUAUUGACCACUGGAGAAGUAACUCCAGACAUUGUUGUUCAAGGGGUUGAAAUAUCUCGUGUCAGUGUGACUCCAGAUUUUAACAAAGUCAAUGUAUUUUGGUAUGCCAAGGAUGGCGCCGAGUCGGAUGAACUUACCGAGCAAACCUUGCAUAGGGCAGAAGGACCUCUGAGGCACGAGCUUAGCCAGCUCAGAGUAAUGGGGGUUGUUCCGAUGAUUAAGUUUGUGAAAGACAGACAGUAUAUCAAGAUCAUAGAGGUUGAUCAGAGGUUAAAAGUCGCCGAUUUUGGGGAGGGUUUCGUUCCUACAGAUCCGGCUCAACGCCUAAAGACUAUUCCGGUAUUAGACGUCGAGUUACCCUCUAAAGUAUGGUCUGAAAUUGAAAAAUUAGAAGAGAAUACACAAGAAAUCGAGGAACAGUUUACCGAGGAUCCAUUACCAGCUAUGAGAAAUGAUGUUUUGGGAUUAGAUCAAGCUCUAAUCAUGGCCAAGGUUAAAGGUUCUUUGGAUAAAUCAAGAGUAGCUUUCAAUAAUCGAUGCCUCAAUAUUCCGAACCCUGUAUCCGAAGAAGUUCAAGAGAGUUCAAAGGUGACGGAAUAUUUGUCUGUGAAGCAGAAAAAUGCAGCAUUUUCUGCAUUCUUGAGCAAAAGACAGAUUGAUGAAAAAAUUAGAAAAAAGAUUAAAAAAAGUAGGAAUUUAAACCGUGAAGAGGAGCUUAGCUUUUUCGAUAAACCACGAAUUGUUGAUGAUGAUGACGAUUUUUUAGAUGACAAUGAACAAGAAUUGAAUCAUUCGGAUGAAUUCUAUGACAAUAAACACACAUAAAAUAUGUAUAUUCAUUGUUUACCUCUGUUCGGAAACUUCUUGAACAUAAUUGUAACGCAACGCUUGUUCAAUUACUUUGUCCCAGUGCUUUCAGUAGGUGGAAAAAUUUAUGAGGUAAUCGUUAACGGGUUAUUCAUAAAUUUUCACAAUUCAGCAGUGCAACAUUUUUUUUCCGUUUUACAUAAAAAUUUGUACUUCAAUAUAUUUCUCAAUAAUUGACAAUACUUCAAAUUAGCGGCUUUUCCUCAACAAUAAUGGUGUACAGCAUUACUUAAAACAAUGUUGUUAAAGUUGUAAAUAAAGAAUAUACUUUUAUUGUUUCGUAUAAAUACAAUACUUACAUUAUUAAAGUUGCGUUUGUUUUCUGUGAUGCGGAAUAUGUAAAUAUACAUGUAUUUCGUAAUACUUUGACAACUCGGUAAUAGUGUUGUAAACUUUUAUCAGUUUUUUUGUUCAUAAAUAUGGCAAGAUUCAAAUAAAAAUA